AUGAGGGGCGUCAUUCCGCUCCGACAUCUGCGAUCCGAUCCGCCGCCCGAGGUGAUGGGCAUCGCGAUGGACAGCAACCUGCCGAGCGCGCUCGAGAGCGAAAGCAGCGCCGGGCGGGUGCUCGAGGUGACCCUCCUGGGCGCGCCCAAUGCCGGCAAGUCCAGUCUCGCCAACGCGCUCCUUCAGUCCCGCGUGUCGGCAGUGAGUCCGAAGGCGCAGACGACGCGGGAGCAGGUGAUCGGCAUUCUCCAGGACAAAGCAACCAACACACAAGUGGUCCUGUCAGACACGCCGGGCGUGGUGCCGCCGCGUCUGCAGAAGAGCUAUGGCCGAGAGGUGGCAGUCACUGGGUGGGAAUCCAUGCAAGAAGCCGACGUUGUGGCGGUGGUGGUUGACGCCGCCAGGAAGAUCGAUGAUAUGACGCUCAGCAUAGUCAAUCGGUUGACAAGGGAUCGAUCGCACAUUAACGCAAGCGAGAUCCUUCUUAUUCUCAACAAGAUGGACCUGGUGGAGCCGAGAGAGCGCGUGUUGCCUAAGGUGGACGAGUACAAUCGGGACAACAUCUUCAAUGAGAUCUUCUUCGUCUCGGCGCUCAAGGGAAGCGGUCUCGACGAGCUCAAGAACUAUCUCAUCUCGAAGGCUGCUCCCGGCGACCUGCCUUACCCGACUGACUGGACGACCGACCAGAGCCUGCUCGAGCAGACCGAGGAGGUCAUCCGGGAGAAGAUCUUCCAGCGCACCAACAGCGACGUGCCCUACCGGGUGUGGCAGGAGAACCUGGCCUGGUACACGUCAAAGAAGGACGGUGGCUACAUCAUCCACCAAAACAUCCUAGUCCCCAAUGUUCGCAUCAAGAAAAUCCUGGUGGGCGAGGGCGGCCGCACCAUCAAGUGCAUCUCCAUGGGCGUGCAGCAGGAGCUGGAGAAGUUGUGUAAGCGAAAAGUUCACCUCUACCUUGAAGUCAAGGUGCAGGAGAAGAGAUGA